AUGCAAUAUUUUCGCAAUUCCAUCGCUUUAAUUCUUUGCCCGCUUCUGCUCGUUGCUUAUGCGGCCCCGCUUCUUGUACCUCGAGGCCUGUUGGGUACCACCUGGAUUGAGGCGAGUAUUAGCAGUGAUGUAUUCCUGAAUAAGCCUGAGGACAAGGAAGCCUUUUCGACUACACUGACGGGUGUCAAACUCGGUCAACGCUUGACCCCAAGAGGCAAAUAUAACGCGGGUUUGUAUCUAUUGAGCGGGACGUAUAAAGGUCAUCCUGAAGGCAGCUUAGUCUUGAAAGUCAUGAAAUCGACCAACAAGGCCGCUCUUGGAGAAGUCAAAGCGCUCCAUCAAGUAGGCGAUCUGGUCGCCUCUGGAAUGCUGCGUGAUAUAUUGGUUGCAAGAAACCCAGUACCAGUUAUUAUCAUGUUGAAGAAAUCUGGCGACGUGCUGAGCACGACGAAAGCCUACCAGGACGCCAAUGUCGCAAUAAGGGAGCGGAUGCGAGCGGAGAGUAAUACGAUCAAAUGCGAACGGGUAGCAUCUUUAGCUGUCACCCGACAUAUUCUGCAUCUGUAG